CACCGGCCUUUGUAAUUCUAAUUAUUAAUCGCGGUGUUCAGAGUUCUCAGUGACCUAAAUAUAUAGAAAGCACGAACUCUUUUGUCUUAGAGACGUCUGGUCAAGACUUGCUGUUUGUAUUUCUUGCCAAACUUCCCUUUUCAUUCGAAGACGACUCAAAGAUGUCAACGUUCUUUUUGUUUUCACGCCGAAUUGAAGCCGCUUAUGAUAAUAAUGUUUGUCAGCCCGUUUGUUCACCUGCGUGUCGGGAACUGUUUCAGUCGGAUGGAAAUACAAUAUUUUAAUAGUAUUUUUUUGGACCAUCCUUCAGUCAGUUAUUGGCGAGAACGUUUAAAGCACCGCUGCUUUGAAGACGUACAUGUGAGAUCGACGGGCCAUCAACUAAGAGUCAAUAGAGAUGUUCGCGGGAAGACAUUACGAUGAAUUCUAUUUGGUGUGGGAAGGCAGCUGCCGCAACUUCAUCGAAGACAUCAAAUUUACUUCCCCAGACGCAAAGUCGCGAUUAAGCGUUCACGUUUUCCUGCGGAAUGAUACUCCAGUGAAAGCCCUUCCGCCAUCAGAUCCAGACUGGAUCACAACUCAUUUCACGCUCACUACAUCCCCAUACGCAUCUGAUACGGGGCUUAUUGCGUGCCUUCUUGAGAAAUAUGGUGAUCUCGUUGAGGAGUCAGGCGACAACCAAGAUACGUCGCUGAGACGAGUUUUCUUGGUCGCAGAGCGAGAGAGACAGUAUGAGGAACUUAUUGCGAAUUUGAAGUUGUUUAAUGGAAAAUUGGACAUUAAAGAGAUCAAUGGUCUGGAAAUGGAUAUUUUUGAAGUUGUGAAGGAUUCGUGCAGAUUUUGUCGCCUCGUGUUUGCCUGCACAGAAGAGACAGACAAACAUAACUUUGAACAACACAACUUCUUCUGUCAAAACCCCUUGUGCCAUGGCUACCGUCAAAGAUUUCCAUCUGAAGAAGUACUUUUGAAGCACAAGGCCUCACAAACGAAAUGCAUACACUGCCAAGAGUUGUUUUGUUCGGAUGAUUUGAAGAAAGCGCACAUGAAACAUGAACACAAUAUCAAUCCCCACAGUUAUCCACCGAUUGAAGCGAAAGCAGGUUUCUUUACAGAGCAAGAAAAAGGUCCAUCCUUGCCAUUGCGAAUUUCAUGUCAGUUUUGCCCUCGGAAGCAGUUUUUAACGAAGGACCAGUUGGAAAUACAUAUGCGAAACUCGCACAAGAAAUGCAAUUGCUCAUGCGGGAGUUACUUCAAAUCGAGAGAGGAAUAUUUAGAUCACUUCUACAGUGUUUACCCACUUCCUUGUUACGAGAACCGGAAAUGCCCGCACCGCUUUCAAUCGGUUUAUUAUCAAGCAGUCCAUCAUAGAGAUUUCCACAACUCUCUGAAUCCAUUUUAUUGUGUUCCAUGUCAGAAAAGAAAAAUUGAAGAGGGCCUGGCUCUCUCGACUGCGAAGACCUCCUUCAAAGAUGACAGGAGUUUGCGGAUUCAUGGCUGUUCUUUGGGUCACAACGAGACAGAAAUGUUCUUACUGGAUUUUGAUGAUGCUGCACUUAACAUAGGGGGAGAAACAGCCCCUCUACGACGAUCCCCUACAAGAACAACCUCAAACUUAAAUUAUUGUUAAGCAACAGUAAUUAAUGGGACGUUAUUUUCUCUUCGCAUAAAUACUUAAACUUCGCUUUACGCCGUUUUUUUAGCCCCUCAAUCCCCCCCUCCCUCUGAACACCGAUGUCAGUGUUGUUUCGUGGAAUAGUUUGCGCAUGCCACGCCUUGAUAAAUCAUGAUCGUCCCCAGAGCCACUCGUUUCCAUUCACAGUUACGUAACCGUUUCUUUGACCACAUGACCAAUAAGAAGGAGGACGCUGCGGACGAAAAUGGCUCUCCCGUCGUAGGAGAUCGUUGUAGUAAAGACAGAUGGCUUACGUGGGUAGUGCGCCGUAAGUACAUUACCCACAUUGCUGUUGGUUGUGAGUAGGUGUAGGCCUGCAAUGCAUGCAUAAAUUUCGAGUUUAUGAUUGAUGUCAGGUCGCAGUUCGUUGUUUUUGUUGACUUUUUCUCUGCAUUCCCACAGUUUAAACGAAGAAAAUUUAUUUUUAAAGUGAAAAUGCCGUUUCCAAAUUUAUCCUGCUAAGUGCAGACAGAGCCCUGAAGGUCUUGGUUUGAAAGGGGGUUUAAUUCCUCAUGUGGUCUUACAAUUUUCGCCACACCCUCUUGUUUGCGUGAUUUUA